AUGAACUUUAGAGAUGAAAGACCUACUACAAGCCCAAAUGCAUUCAAUAUAUCUAGACUUUUGGACUCAAAUCGUGAAAGGCCAGGAAUUGCUUGUAUAUUCCUGAGUAAAUUUGACAUGAAGAGGGGAAAUAUUGUAAUCUGGUCUAAGAGCAUCAAUGAUGCGACAUUCGACUUGACCAAUAUUGAAUUCAAAUCGUUGCCGGCUGGUAUUCACGAACAAACUGAUGAUAUUGUCAAUUUUGUAGUUCCUAGAGGAUCUGGCGCCGGGGAUAAUGCCAAGGACGCUGUUUAUGAUUACGGCAUUGCUUAUUUUAAACAAAAUUCUUUUGAUAUUAUUGAAAAUGAUAAUCAGGUUGAUAGAAGUAAAGUUCAAAUGUUUUCUCUUGGUAUAAUUAUUGAUGUCCAAGGUGCCUCAUCAGAUAGUAAUAAGCGAUUCUAUAAAGAAACGUACCUUGCAUACGGCGCCAACAGAUAUGCAGGUUAUCUAAAGAAACUACUAAGUCAAUGGACAAGGCAGAACGAUCUUGAUAAAUUUGAUAUUUUUCAGAAUUUUUUUGAGAAGAAUAGCAAACAGCACAUAGCGGGAUGUACAGUAGAAAGAGCCGACGAUUCGAUUGAGGAAGGGCGACAUUUGGUUGAAUAUUUCCCUUAUUGGGUAAGGAAGUUAGGGCCUUUGAUUUUUCCACUUUGGAAAGCGAGUCUUCUUCAGAGGAGGAUAUUAAUAUUAGUUCCUCAAGGAGAAUCCUUUGAAUUAUGCAAUUCCUUAGUCUACUGCGUUUUUAUAAUAUCGAUGCUUUCAAAAGACUUGGUAGGGAAUCAUGUGAGCGACGAGUACAUCACGCCUAUUUUCACGGUGUCAACAUCAGAUAUACCAUUCCUGGAAUCCUUCAAAAAUGGGAGUGGUUAUGUCGCCACAACCAGUGAGGAAAUAUUGCUGUAUAAACCUGAAAUAUAUGACGUAGUAGUCAAACUUCCCUCAAGUUCAAUUAUGAGAGAAUUUCCGGAGAAAGACGUCGAAAUCCUUACUGCAUCUUGCGAACAAAGCAAAGCCACUCCUCUUGACUUGGAGACGUAUGAAAAAGCAAUACUUGGUGAAUUAAGAGAUGAUAUUUCAAUAAGUGUGAAAAGCAAGCUUCAAAAGGUGACAGAGCCUAUAUCGUGGUUGCAGUUUUUAAUCGACGGGUUUUAUCUUCUAACCACUGCAGGCUAUAUAGUGGCGCCCUAUCACCUGGUAAAGAAUCUCAGGAUUCCGAAGCACGUUUCUCGUCCAAAAGCUGAGGAUUCGGAAACGCAGAUAACUGAAAAUCUAAUUUGCUAUUUCCACCUUAGAACGUCAAAUUUGUACAACAUGCUGAAAGACCUUAUUCAAAAGAACGAAGAUGAAGAUUCAGCACAACCGAUUAUUAUUGCAGCUUCAUUCUUAACCGAGUUAAAUUUAGAUUGCUUUAGUAUACAGGAUCACCAAUUUAUUAAGGAUAUCGUCGAUAAAUGGUUUCAAAAAAGCAUUGAUAUCAGUCAUCUUCCAGAAUGUGUUGGGAAUCUUUGCUAA